AUGCACGCGCAACUGGUAGGCGACCACCUCGAUCAAGCGCUGUUCCUCCUCCGACGUUCGAGCUUGCCAGGUUCGUCGUCAUCGUCGCUCCUCAAGUCCAAGCACCUGCUCCACCCUCAACACCACGACGAUUUCCGCCGUCCCAGGAUGGCAGCCGUGAUGAUGCGUGCGAUCGGUGUCAAGUCCCCGUCGUCGUCGUCGUCUUCGAACGGCGCGGCGGAAGGUGGUUCAUCGACCUCGACGGCCACGGGCGAACAGUGGGACGGUCAGUCGCUCGCUCGCCAGACCUCGCGACUGUCGCCCCCGAACCCGGCGCUCGUACCGGGACAGAAGAUGGGCAUCUUAAUCAAGUCAGUACUUUGCAUCAUGUGA